CAUUACGAGGUUUGUGUUGAGAAAUAUCAGUGUGAAGGUACAAAAAAGGAACAUAUUUCACAUAAAUUUCAUGGUCUGAAUAUCAAAACAGUUAAAAUGGCUGAUGUUGAAGAAAUAAUUUCGUCAGAACUAGCACAAGUUCAACAGAAGGCACCAAAUAUUGAAGGAGUAACUUUAGAAGCUGCUGUACGCAAUAUUGUUAGAGCAACUAUCAGAUUACAAGGUCUUAGAACAAUAACAACAUGUAUGCAGUUCCCAGCAGAAUACCCACAAGAACCUAUAGUAAUAGAAUUAAAGAGUAAAACAUUGCCUGAAAAAGUCUGUGAUAAAAUAACAAAAAUUUGUGAAGAGGAAUCAAAAAAAUGGCUCGGUCAAAAACAGGUGAUGUUAAUGAUCAACUUUGUGAAGGAAUUUUUAAUAGAAAACCCAUUAUGUGUUUGUAGUGAAGAAAUAUUAUCUGUGAAAAAGAAAUUACUAACAUCAGAUGACACUGUCGUAUUAAAACAAGCAACAUCAAAAGUUGUCUAUAGGAUAUCUCAAGAACAAUAUUUCAUGCAAUUUGUCUUAGUAGUGCCUGAAGAAUAUCCUAUAAAACAAGUCAAAAUUGAAUUAGAAGAUCAUAAUUUUCCAGAAAUAUUAAAAGUAAAUUUUAUAUCACAAGCAACAGAAAUAGCCAGAAAAUGUGUGCAACCUCCUAUAAAGAAAAAACCAAAGGAUCCGCCAUUUGAACCUCAGCCAUCAGUUUUACCAGUUGUUAAAUUCUUAGUAGAAUCAAUAAAGAAAUUUCCUGUGAUGUGCUGCCCUCUAUGUAAAGAAAGAGUUUUUCCACCAAAUCCAUUGCAACCGGUGACAGAUAAAAGAAGAAGAAUGGAGAAGUUGUAUUGUGGUCAUUUAUUCCACUUUAUUUGCUUGUACAAAUAUGUUAAAACGCCACCUUUCACUGGUAAGAUAUGUCCAGAUUGUGGCAAUGCUAUAUAUCAUGAUAAGUUUAAACUCUCACCUCAACUGAUGGAAGCUAGAUGGGCCCAUAAACAGGCUAGACAGAGAGAAUUGGAUGAAGUUGUAGACUUUUUAGAAUGAUAAACAUUAGGUUUUAAUUUUAAAAUUACUUUUAUUGGAUAAUGUAAAUUCAGAAACUUUUGCGUGCAUUUAUUAUUACAAUUUUGCUGAUAAGACAUAUGAUUUUGAGAAAAAUCCUGUUCAUUUUAAAAAGUUUGAAAUGCGAGUUGAAGUUAUUUCGUUUUCAACUCUGUCGCAUUUUUAAAAUAAAAAAACUCAUAAUAAUUUCUGAAUUUACAGUAUGCUAUGAUAUGAUGAAAUCCGUUUCAUAUACUUCUAUUUAUAAGGUGUUUAUGAAAUGAAAUUAUGACCAUUUUUUUUACUCUUAAAAUAUUAUAUUUGUCAAUAUGGAUUUCUGUGAUCAUUAGAAAAAAUGCCAAAGAAAAAAAUACAAAUGGUCUAUCGUUAUAAAAUUAAGGAGAUAUGAUAUGAUUGCAAAUCAGACAACUCUCUACCAGAAACUAAAGGAAGUGACUGCAUUGCCUUCAACCAUGAGAAAAAACAAUACUGUAUACUGUGGAUUCGCUUAUUUUCUUGGGUACCAAUUUUCAUGUGUUGAGGAAAACUUACAUUUUUGUGGAUAUUUGAUUUGGUGGUUUCCCAAAAGUCUACAUAUAAUCAUACAGCAAAAUUAUGAUCUGUUGGACAUUUAAAUUCGUAGUUUCCUUGUACCCACUUCAUCCACUAAAAUUGGUAUCCAACGAAUAAUAAUGAAUCCACAAUAAAAAGGGCACAACUUGUGAAACUGAACAAGAACAUCAACAGCCAAAUUAUUUCACAAAUAUCACAAACAUGAACAAAUGGCAAUCACUGUAAUGUAGGCUCCCAACUUGAAACAUUUUUGUGAGUGCUAACCUGUGACAGUGGUGGAAAAGCACAACAUAAGAACAAACUCUUAAGAACAUUUCUGUGAUCAGGGAAAAAAAACAAAUCAUGUAUCUUUUAUCAUUUUUACUUUCAAUAUGGGAACCUUAGGGAGACAUAAAAAAAUCAAUGAAAGAUAAAAAAUGGUUUGGGGGUUGGGGGUUAAAAUUGCUGCAAGUUUUGUUUUUAAUUGACAUAGAUUUUAUAUAUAUCCUUUAAUUGGUCAACCAAUUUUUCCCAAAUUAAGUUAAGAGGGGGGUACAGGGUCAAUGAAAAAACUAUAUGGAUUAAUUUUUUUUAUCCUACAUUGAACUUUUGAUGUCGGCCCUUAGCAGUCAGGACAUCAUUAAAGGAUUUCCUGAAUGAAAGCAUUUGGUAAAAUAAAUGUACCAUGUAUUUUAUGAGAUAAAGAAAGGAACUGUACUUAUCGGAUUGCUUGAGACCAUCAUUUAAUGUUAAGUAUUUUACCAUAUUUGUUUGUAAAAAGUUUAAUACCUCAAUUGUUUAUUCUCAAUUUUAAGUGUAUUGAAUAUGCCAAUAUGCAACAAAUUCAGAACUCUUUAGCUAAUGAUUUGUUUACAUUUACGAAUCUCAUGGUCAUGUAUAUUCAUGCAAAAUGUUAAUCUAGAAUUGUUUGUUAUUUAUGUAUGGAAAUUUUUGUAUGAAUUUUUCAUACAUAGAGGAUAACUAGUUUUCUGCUUUGCACAGCAAUGACUUUAAAGAAAUAAGUAUGCAGAAAUAAUGAGCACCAUAUUUUGUGCAUUUUGAAUAUGACAAUAAAAAAUUUAUACAAAAACCUUUUAAGUAACAUCCUUUAAAAAAUCACUUAACAGUUGUCUAACAGAUAUUAGUCUUUUUUAUUUUGAGUUAAAGAUUGCACGAAAUGCAUUCAAAACCUUAUAGGACUGACUUGAUAGCCAAAUCUUCCAAGGCUCAUCACUACCUUUUUGAUACACAAAACAUAGAGUAUUGAUCAUCACAUUCUAACUUCUAUACAUCCUAUCCAUGAAUAUUUCCAGAAAUUUAACGAUAUAAUAUACGCUCAGACAUUCAAGACACAAAAUGAUGUUACACUUGUCAAAAAAAUUACAUUUUGCAAGUUACAGGAAUCUAAUAUCUGUUCUAAAGCAUUUUUAAAGUCAUCUUUAAAAGAAUUGGAGUUAUCUUCCUUUGUUUAGAAUUGCUCUUAAAACAACUACAACCAAUGCAAUAUUUAAUUUUACUUCCCUCUGAAAAAUUGAAGCAAUGUUUACCAUUCAGUGCUUAUAAGCACUUUGUUUGAAUUGUGUAUUUUAAAAACAUAUUAGCUUUAGACCUCCAAACUUCUUCUAUUUAAUGCUAAACUGCAAAAGCUUCCAAAUUGAAAUUAUAAAAGAUAAAAGAUUUCAAUUAAGAAAGUGAAUUAUUUUUCUGCGUGGCAGAUAACUAGAUUUAAUAAAAUAAAAGGUUUUGAUAUAUUAAUAAAAGAAAUGAUUAGUAUAUAUGUCAUUUGUUUACAGUAUCCAUCAAAGCAAUGAAGUAAAAUAAACAUAUUGAGCUCAACUUAUUUAAGAUCAUUUUGUGCAAUGGAUUGUAAAUGAGGCCUCAAGGAUCAAUUUUAAUCAAAAUGUUCUUUUUGUCACGGUCGCUGAGCUACAAAUAUGUUCAUAAAUUUGAAGCUUUUUGAAAAAGCUAAUAUUUGUUAAGAAGUUAAAUGUUAAAUGUGAAUUAUAUCUGAAUAUUGUAUUUAUAUAUGUCAGACCACAGUGUAAAUGAGAUGUCAUCUAAAUGAUUGUAAAAUAUCAGAAAUUGUAGUACUGUUGAUUCAUUUAUUUACAAGGAUAUCAAUUUAACUAGAUACAGAAACAUAGUAUGCAGAAAAUUUAUACCAUGUGGAACAAUUGAUUUUAUUGUCUCUUAUACCACCAAAUGCAUGAAAAAUUACAUCCCCCAUAAAAUAAGUGAAUCCACAGUAUUUGUCAACAUUUAUGUGUUAAAUGUAGUACACGUAGAAUCUCUAUAUAUUACAUAUAUAUGUUAAAUUUUUAUUUGUUUAUAUGAUUAAUAUUGUAAGCUUAAUAUAUGAAUGUGAAUGUUUGCAAAAGGAAUGAAUUUGUUAUAAUGGUUGAAUGUUAUUGAUUUGCUGCUUGUAUACUGUAAGUUCAGAAAUAAUUGCAUGCAUUUAUUAUUGCGAUUUUGUUAUUUUAAAUUAAAUUGCGAUUAUAUUUUUUGUGAUAUUGAGAAAAAUCCUGUUUAAUUCAUAAACUAAAAAUUUUGAAUUGCGAGUUCAUAUUAUUGUGAUUAAAAUGCUGUUGCAUUUUCCACAAUAAUAAAAACAUUGCAAUAAUUUCUGAAUUUACAGUAUGUUUUUAAGGUUAUCAUCACUCAUUAUUUUUAAUUACAUCAUCAACUUUACCCGAUUAAACAUGGCUGAAAUAAAGAACUAACAAAACUAUCAAACUAUAAGGUAAAUUAAAAAAGGUGAAAAUCUAAAAAAACAUAAUGAUAAAAUUAAACCUUUAUCUAUAUAUAGUAACCAACUGAAGGGAUGGAAAUGGACUGUAUUUUUCCUGACUUUGUACAAGAAUUUUUAAAGAAAAUAGUGGGAAAAAUCUGGUUUUAUAGCUAGCCAUACUUCCCACUUGUAUGACCAAAGAUAAUUGUAAUACACCUGGUUCAGCUAAAUAAGAAUUGGCAUUUGAAAUUCUGUGAUUGCAUUAUUCAUAAUUAGAAUUCAUGUUUUUGUUUGCUGUACAAUAUGUGAAAUCAAAAAUGCAUGCAAAUUUCUAGGUAACCCAUUACAAAGAUAGAACUGUACAUGAAGCUAUUUUUAGCCAUGUCCAAUUAGGUGAAAAUAAGAUGUAAUAAUCAUUAUUUUAUUUGUAAAAAUCACAAUACAUUGUAUUAUUAAAGCCAAUAUCAUAUAUAUUGUAAAACUGCAAGAAGUGACAAUAAUAAAACUGUUAUAUUGUAUCUAG